CUCCCACCAGCCAAGCGCAGGCGAGGCCGGGACUCAGCUGGGAAGGCCGGCAGGCAGGAGGGCUGGGGUGGCCUCCGUGGGGCCAUGGAACCCACAGCAGGGCCCGUGCUGUACCGACAGCUGCAGCUCUGGGAUCCAAGCUUGGAGUCCGGGCAGGAGGAGGAGGAGGAGGAGGAGGAGACCUCGGAGCUGGUCGUUCCUGAUCCCCGGAGGCCCCAGGACUCCUCUAGGGACGAGGCCGGUGGGCUGCCCGGGGCCUGGGCCCGCCUGGUCGCGGCCCUGCUACUCCUGGCCGUUGGCUUCUCCCUGGCGGUCAGGCAGCUCCACGCCAGCAGCGGCUCUGCGGCCCCUCCUCCCAGCGGGCACUCCCACCACCCUGGCGUGUACCACCACGGGGGCGUCGUCAGCCCUGCAGCCACGUGCUCCCACCUGGGCCGAGAGCUGCUCGUCGCCGGGGGCAACGUUGUGGACGCCGGAGUGGGAGCUGCUUUGUGCCUGGCGGUGGUACACCCUCACGCCACGGGGCUAGGUGCCACGUUCUGGGGCCUCUUCCACAAUAGCACCUCAGGCAGUUCCACUGCCCUGACGCCAGGUCCGGCCCGGACGCUGGCCCCCGGCCUGGGGCUGCCAUCCGCUCUGCCGGCCCUGCGCCUGCUGCACGCACACUUCGGCCGCCUGCCCUGGCCACGCCUGCUGGUGGGCCCGGCCUCGCUGGCUCAAGACGGCUUCCUGGUGGAUACAGCCCUGGCCAGGGCCCUGGCCGCCCGGAGCACGGAGGGCCUCUGUCCACUGCUCUGCCACGCCGACGGGACCCCACUGGGCCCCGGGGCCCGCGCCACCAACCCCAAACUGGCCGCUGUGCUACGCGGGGCAGCAGUGGCCCCCACCCCAGACCUUGCUGGGGACGCCCUGCUGAGUCUGCUGGCCAGAGACCUGGGGCUGCGGGGACCCUCGCCUGGGCCCGGGCCCACCCUGGAGCCAGCCCUGCAGCUACCUAUGCCCCAGGGCAUCCUGUCCACCACCCCCAGCCCCUCAGCUGGCCCAGAACUGCUGGCGAGGGUGGAGGCGGCCUUGCACUCUGGAGGGCCCAGCCCUGACCCCUGCCUGUUAGUCCCACGAGCGCCCGUGACCCCCGGGAGCGGCGUCCUGGCCACCAUAGACAGCAGCGGCUCUGUGCUCCUCCUCACCUCCUCACUCAACAGCUCCUUUGGCUCUGGACAUCUGUCCCCAAGCACCGGGGUUCUGCUGAGCGACCUGGUGGCCGAGUCUGCAAGUGGGGGCUGGGCUUGCCCCCUCGUCCUCCAUGGUGGCUCUGAUGACACAGAGGCUGAUGUGUUGGGGCUGGUGGCUUCAGGAAACCCCGUAGUGGCCAGAGUCAUGACUCACGCCCUGCUCAGUCGCCUGGCGGGGCCCCAAGCCCAGGCCCAGCAGCAGCAGCAGGGACCAACACAGAGCCCUAGCAUUUGUGGUCAAGGGACCCUGCUCCAGGUAGCUGCUCAUGCAGAGCAUGCUCACGUCUCCAGUGUCCCCAGUGGCUGCUGCACCUUCCAGGGCUUCUAAGUGUGGGGCAGUGGCCAGCAGGGCGUGGACCGGGUGGGGGUCUCCAGCCUGGAGGCAGGGACAGAGCAGGUCCAGCAGUGAUGAAGUGCACACAGAGCACACUGCCAGCUCAGGCCCACAACCUCUGGCCUGGACUGGAGUUAGUUACCUGGACUGGAGUUCUGGCUCUUUUUUUUCAGUUAAGGAACCCAAGGACAAUGAGGAAAGAGCCCCAGGCCCCGGGGCCAACCCUGAGUUCAGAUCCAGCCCUGAGAAGGACAGGUAGAAAGACGCCAAGCCCCUGCCUUGGCUCCAGGCCCCACGGGCAAGGCUGUCAGAGCCCGGGGUACUGCUGGCCUCUCUGUCCUUCCCUUCAGGCCACCCUCUGCUGAUCUGUGUCAACGGGGCUGGAAACAAAAUAAAGAUCAAGUCUCCUGGA